AUGCCACCAAAAAGAAAAACACCUGCUAGCGAAACAACGACAACUCGUACUGAAGAUGAUAAAAACAGUAAAGAUGUUUCACCAGCACCUCCGACUGCUACUUCUCCCACUAAACGAAGUAGACGAGGAAGCGAUGAUUCCUCGGCAAAAAUAUCUACAGCUAAGACCCAAGAAACUAAACAACCAUCCAAACGUGGACGAGGCAGGCCAACGAAAGCCAAACCAAAGAAAAAAAAUAAUGGAGAAACAACUUCGGGUCGAUUAAGAGAAAGCAGUGAACAAAUGGAUUAUGAAGUUUCGCCACAAUCUCCUGACUCCGAAGUUGAAAAGAAACAACUAAAAUCAGAGCAAAUGGAAACUGAGGAUAAUAAUAAAAGCGAAGACCAACAAACAGAGGAACAUGCUGAAAGGAAGACUGAAGAAAUGGAAAAGCAACGAAAAAGAAAUGCCACGGAAUCUAAAAAACAACCACAAGAAACACUAGAAGAGCUGCAAAAUCAAGAAAAGCCGGCAGAAUCGGCUGCUGCUGAGCAAACUGUUCCUGUUUCAUCUGCAGAAAUUAAAGAACACAAGAAACAUGAAAAAAAUAAAGGCGGUAAAACUGCGAAAGUUAAAAAUGAGACGGAAUCGAGUGAGAAAACUAAAAAAAAUAGCAAAGAUGAUGAGAAAAAAGUAAAAUCCGAAGGCAAAGAUAAUAAAAAAUCAUUGUCAAACGAACAAAAGAAAAUGGAUCUUAAACAUGACAUGCCGCCAAGCGUUCUUGAAAAAGGCCAUAUUAGCUUUUUCUAUAGACCAAAGAUUUCGUCAACGCAUCCAAGCAAUCCAAAUCAAGUGCAACGGUUAUAUAUUAUGCUUAUUCCUACACUUAUUCGUCCAACGUUGGCCGAUAAGCCUAUCGAAACUUUCGCCCAGAAAAUGGAAGAGGGUAAGACAUUUGACGAGAAGGGAGAAGGGAAACUCAUUGGUAAACCUCGUCUAUUGAUCAUGGCGAAAAAAAAGCUUCCUGAGGUUGAAAAACAUGCUCGAUAUUGGACCUUUGUGGAAAAAUCGUUCGAAAAUUUGGACGACAUUAAAAGCUCCCUUGGAAUGGAACACUAUAGCACGAAGACUAGGGGCGAAAGAACAUUGCAACCAUGCAGACCUUUGGGAAGAGGAGCUUACUUAAUAUCGGAACAUAAUAAUCACACACAUUUAUCGUAUGUUUUAGAGUUGCCAAGUCAACCUGGCGAAGUGCAAAGUGCGUUCAGUAUUAAGCACGAAGCUAGUUAUAUUAUAACUGUGAAGAAUCCUACGUUAGGCAAUCCUCCAGGUGCCGGUCUUCCAUCCAGCAAAAAGUCUUCAUAUCCACCCGAAUUGAUGGAGAAAUUCGAAGGGCUCCGCUUCGCACCUCUACGUACAACCGAAUUUCUUGACUACGAGAACUGUGAAUUAGUCUUAAUUGGAACCGACGAAGAUAUUAAAGGUGAACUAGGCGCCCCCGGCGAGUAUCUUGAGAGUUGGGCAGACGAGGAAGCUAAAGAGGUCCAGUUGUUGAAGGAUCGAGCUAUUUUUGAGGAACUUCAUUUGGAGCCCAAAGAUUUCCCGCAUGAGAGUUUGAAGGGCAUUUGGGAGUAA